AUGGUUGGGCGUCUAUCGCAAUUGCUGGAUGUACUACCUCGAGAUACAGUGGAGUUUGCGUGUGCUUAUGGUUCCGGUGCUGUAUCGCAGAGUGGCGAAAAAACAGCUGGCAAAAUGGUUGAUUUUAUUGUUGCUUCACAAAAUUCCAGUCGUUUUCAUGAACUUAACCUGGAGCAAAAUCCGAGGCAUUAUUCGGCGCUACGCUUUUUGGGGCAUCAAAGGAUUACACGGUUGCAAAGGAACUAUGCGGCACGAGUGUACUGCAAUACUCGAAUAUCGCUUCGGGUCAGUUAA